GGUCUGCUCUCCCUGUUUUUCAACUUCGCCACACUUCCUGACUUCCUGUGUCACUGAACCUCCGGGUCACUCAGCGGAAUGGCUGCGUUCCUGCGAGCUCGUAAAUAUGUCCGUUGUGUUGUUCGUUUCUCCGACCGUGAACUGUAAACGCUAGUGUUAACCGCUUGUGACGAUAAAAAGGAGACCUACUAGACAAGCUGCUAUGGCUGAAGAAAAUACAGAUGUGGCAGGUAUGAUUGAGGAUGAAGAUGAAAGUUCAGAUGACCCAAACCUUCAGCUGGAGCUCAAUGCGUUCAGAGAUCAGUGGAUGUCUGAGCUCAAGCCGAGCUCUGGAGCAAGUGGAUUAAGUGGCCGACUGCUACGAGCUAAAGGUCUAAAGAGGACACAAGAUAUUGCCAGGGAGGAGAAAGCCACAGAGCUGUUCUUGAGAGCUGUUCAAGAAGAGCAGAAUGGAGCCGUUUAUGAGGCUAUCAAGUUCUAUCGCAUGGCUGUGCAGCUUGUACCUGACAUUGAGUUUAAAAUCAACUACAGCCGUCCUGCUGAUGCAGACCGAGUUGGAGGAAACUACGUGGAGGACAAUAAUGUUGAUGAGAUCGAGGAUCUACUUGCCUACUUUGAGCAGCAGCUCAAUGUGGAAAGCUCCUUUCCAAAGAUCUGCAGUCCUGAGUUGGAUUUGACUCAGAUGCACAUUUCAGCCUUGCCACGGGAAAUCAUGAUGUACAUAUUCCGUUGGGUCGUGUCGAGUGAUCUUGACAUGCGAGCCCUGGAGCAGCUCUCUCUGGUUUGCCGGGGGUUUUACAUCUGUGCAAGGGACCCUGAGAUUUGGCAUUUAGCCUGUUUAAGAGUGUGGGGACGGAACUGCACCAAACUUGUACCCUUCAAAUCCUGGAGGGAGAUGUUCCUGCGAAGGCCUCGUGUGCGUUAUGAUGGUGUUUAUAUCAGCAAGACCUCAUACAUUCGUCAAGGAGAGGAAUCGUUGGAUGGAUUUUACAGGGCUUGGCAUCACGUUGAGUACUACAGGUACCUCCGGUUCUUCCCUAGUGGCCAAGUUGUCAUGCUGACCACCCCUGAGGACCCUCUGGCCGUUGUUCCUCGCUUGCGUACAAAGAACAUCAGAAUGGAUUCUGUUAUGCUCGGUCAUUUCCGUCUGUCGCAGGAGACGGACAAUCAAACCAAAGUUUUUGCUGUGGUCUGCAAGAAAAAGGAGGAGAAAGCGACUGAGUUUCAAAGGAAUCGGUUCUGCAGGCGGAACCCAGCUCCGGAGGCUGAACACAGCUUCCAUGUGGGACUGCAUCUGUCCUCUGGGGGGCGUCAGAUGUUCAGUAAGCUCGAGUGGAUACACCACUCCUGCCACAUCAAUUACAAGCUGACUGGGGAAACGGUUGUCACAGCAUUUGACGUGGACAGCAAGUACACACCCUUCUUCUUUGCACGUGUGAAGAGUUACACUGCUUUCUCUGAGCAGCCUCUUUAAGCUCGGAGACAGCAAAAAUUCAUCCACCAUUUUAACAACAUGCAUACUCCUCCGCUUGUUUAAUCUGUGCUGCAGCUGGUUCACGGUGUUAAUAUAUGAACCCUCCUGUUUCCUACAUGCGAACACUUUAUGUUUCAGAUUUACAUAAUAGAAUACUACUUAUUUUCUGAUUUCAGAAAUUAUGAUAAUGUACUGAAAGCUAAAAUAAUUAGCAACCUUUCCCACCUGUUCCAAGCAAUGAAUGUCCAUACUGUGUUUGUGUCAUGGUGCACUUUCUCCCUCAAAUAAACAGUGGUGUACAGAAUAU